CCACGCAGUUUCCUCAACAACUUACCAUACAACAAAAACCCUUUGGUGCCAAAGCGCCCUCAACAACACCUGGCCUUUUUUCGCCUUCCAAGAUUCUUUCCCUGUGGCUAUCAGCGUCAAUUGUGUAAUGGCUCUUCUCCAUUGAUCCCGUACUCUUAUCUGUCCCCUCCAUCUUGUCAUCUACCUCUCGUCUUGUCCCUCAUUUUGACCUCAAUUCACACAUUGUCCUCGGAUUCCCGACCAGCCUGCAUUUCCGUACAUGGGCUGACUCGUGUCUCCCUGGUCCGACGGUUUCUGUCGUUGAGUCUUAUCGAGGCAACCUUUCUUCAUUCCCUUCCGUCUGCUCCCUCAAAUAUCCACACGGAUAGCGGAAAGCCAUGCCGUCUCAGGCAGGAUCAUCCAAGGAGGCCGUGUCCAAGGCUGCCCGGCGUGGGCGAGGCAAGAAGAAGGGAAACCAGCUGCAAAUACCGUGGCUUUAUGACAUAGUCCUAUGGGCUCUCUCUGUCCUGAUAGAUCUCUUCUUUCGAGAGGUCCAUCCCCGGGGAGCCUGGAAGGUCCCCAAAACAGGUCCUGUCAUUCUCGUGGCGGCACCACACGCCAAUCAGUUCGUCGAUUCCCUGAUUCUGAUGAGGAUUCUCAAGCACGAGGCCAAGAGAAGGAUUUCAUAUCUGGUUGCUGAGAAGUCGACGAAACGCAAGUUUAUUGGGACCCUGUCAACUGCGAUAGGAGCGAUCCCCGUAGGCCGAGCCUUGGACAAAGUCAAGCCCGCACAGGGCAAGAUAUUCCUCCCGGACCAGGACAAUGACCCUACCUUGAUUCAAGGCGUGGGCACUGAUUUCACGAAUGGCGAUUUCGAGGUUGGCGGACUGAUUGUCCUGCCGAAAGUGAGAGGCCAGACCCCAAGCACAGAAAUCGCCGAGAUCAUCUCCCCUACAGAACUUCGCCUCAAAAAGCCCUUCAGGACGCCAGAGGCGUUGGAGUCCUUAACCGGGAAUGGCACCGUUGGCCGCGACACAAACGACCAGCAGAUUGAAUCCCGCGGCUGCUCGUUCAAGGUUGCCCCGUAUGUGGACCAAACCAAAGUCUACAAUGCAGUCUUUGACGAGCUCGACGCGGGUGGCUGCAUUGGCAUUUUCCCGGAAGGUGGGAGCCAUGACCGACCCGACCUUCUCCCUCUGAAAGCAGGCGUGGCCAUCAUGGCUCUAGGAGCCGAAGCCCGACAUCCCGGAUGCGGUGUCAAGAUUAUCCCAAUUGGCAUGAACUAUUUCCACGCGCAUAAAUUCCGAUCGAGGGCCGUCAUCGAGUUUGGUCAUCCCAUCGAAGUUCACCCUGACCAAGUUGAAGCCUACAAGGCUGGUGACCGGAGGAACGCCGUCGGCUCAUUGCUAGAGACAGUCUUCCAGGGCUUAGUGGCUGUGACGCAAUCUAGUCCGGACUACGACACCUUGAUGCUCGUGCAAGCGGCUCGCCGGUUGUACAAUCCCCUGGGGAAGAAAUUGCCUCUGCCGCUGGUGGUGGAGUUGAACCGGCGCCUGGUCAAAGGAUACACGACGUACAAGGAUGACCCACGCGUUGUUGAACUGAAGAAAGAUGUACUCGAGUACAAUCGCCAACUUCGAGCACUUGGUGUUCGGGACCAUCAAGUGGAAUGGGGCAACCCAGCUAAACAUCCAUGGUGGCACAUUCUGGGGACGCUGAUCUAUCGACUGGGAGAGCUCUUCUUCCUGGGCAUUGGCACCCUUCCCGGGCUGGCCAUGUUUUGGCCUGUCUUUGUUACCACCAAAGUCAUAUCCUAUCAAAAGUCCAAGGAAGCUCUUGCGGCAUCGACGGUGAAACUGCAAGGUCGAGAUGUCAUCACCACCUGGAAAUUGCUUGUGGCCAUGGCGUUUGCUCCCGCACUCUACGCCUACUACACGGUGAUUGUGUCCAUAUGGCUAGUUUACAACCGGCGAGACGGAUACUAUACCCACAAGGUUCCAUGGUGGAUGGUGGCCCGGACUUAUGUGCCAGACUUUGUUCCGGUGUGGCUUUUUGCCAUCCUCUUCUUGAUCUUGUGUAUCCUCAUCACGUUUGCCGCCCUGAGGAUUGGCGAAAUAGGGAUGGAUGUGGUCAAGUCAUUACCGCCACUGUUUGUCGCGCUCAAUCCACGUUCCUCCAGCCGAUUUGCGAAGCUGCAACGGCGCCGCAAGGCCUUGUCCGAGAAGGUGACCAAGGUGAUCAAUGAAUUGGGACCCGAGGUUUUCCCCGACUUUGACGCGGCGCGAAUUGUGCCGGAUGCGUAUAGAGAGGGAGCGUACCAGUCCAAGUACAAGAAGAUGCCAGAGGAGCCCAGAAUCGAUGCGACCGAGCCCACAACGCCCACUUCGGGGACUUUCGAAGAGCGGACCGCCGAGUCGCCCGGUUCGAGAUCGAUGUUACCAUUUGGGUUUCUGCCCUCGAACGAAGCUUUUCACAAUAUUGGGGGAUUUGGCUUCUUUGCGUCGCGACCUACAACGCCCAAGAGCCGGAGCAGGAGCAGCUCUGCUGGCGGAGCACUGGCCUCGGCCACGAGCUUGAAAUUCACCUCGCUGGAUCAUGAUGAAGUUAGCAAGCGAAUCCGUGGUGCCAUGCGGGAAAGAGGACGAAAGCGUGAAAGCGAAGGGGCAGAAACCGGGACGGAAAGCAGCUGGGACAUGGCUGAUGAUGAACGAAUGACUCCGACGACCGAGGAUGAGGAACCCAAGAAGGACCGGUAGUGAUGCGGGUGAAGGAACGAUCAUCACGAAGCAAAUGACAGGCACGAAAGACGAGUGAUUGGCGUCGACUGGGUCUUUGACAUUGUGCAUUGGACUAUUACUUCGAUACCCUUUUGGUAGAUGUAUAGGAAAUGAGUUAGCAUGUUGUGAGAAAUACAACCUACGUAUGUGACUACCC